GUUGUUUUCAGUUGUUGUUUUUAGACAGCGAAAAAUUUCAUCUGUUUGCGAGAGGAUCUGAAACAUGCUGCCCUCACUACUGAGGUAUAAUCUGAAGAAAUUAGCCCUCUAAGAUGGAGUUCCCUACCGUUAACGCUACCAUCAAACUGUCGCCGAUAAAGAAAGAAAAAACGAAGAAGACAGGGAGCAGAUUUGUUGUAAAAGAAGUAAAAUCCGCUAAUCAACCAAAGAAUCCGGUGAAAGCUUGCUCGAAGGUAGUCGAAGUAAGUGUCCCUCGAGAGGCACUAAAAAACAGAACCAGGCCGCAUUAUGAACAACAAUGUAAUGGUUCGUCAAGUGUUCCUCUGAUAGAAGUCAAUAUCAACAAAGUUGGUUUUCAGGUAAGACGCGGUAUGUUUAAAAUACGUAAUUCGAAGUUUUCUAAUCAAUGCUUGUAAAUUUUCCGGGGGGGUACUUGAGUUAAUUUUUGCUAGGUAUGUGCCUCUGGCAUCUCAGAGCCCUUACCCCAUUAUCUGCCCCAUAAUAGUCCAUUCUGUGGCCACUUAUAGACCCCAUCUUAUUCACUUUUGGGCAAAUAUGUAAUUUUCGCCAUUCCAACUUAGCCACUCUCUGUUUUUAUGAAUUGACCCAUUUUUUAGACCGAAUGAGGAACGCUUUAAUUACUUUUCAUACUUUUCAUCUACAGUACAAACAGUUUGGUACGUUUGCUAACCGUAAAUAUGAAGAACUGUCUUACCCCAAAAAAUCCGAAAAUGUGCGACCCCAUUCUAGUAACUCUACUGAAAAUGCGACUCCAUUAUAGUCAAUCCAGUCGUGAUCACGCCACCCCAUCCAGUGGCACAUCCCCAUUAGCCUCUUGUAAGAAAUUACCCACCCCCCCAGGCAAACCCAGGGAAACUUUAGAAACAAGGUUUAUAGAGGUCACGUAAUACAGUCAGCUGUACUGUCAGAUUGCUCAGUGUGGGUCACGAUUCCGAUGAACACUAAAUACUCAUCAAGACAUCACAGAGGCAAAAGAAGAAUACGUGAUCAUCUUUAUAAAUGUUUUUAAAGUGUCUAAAAACAAACAGUUAUUCUCUUCAUCACUUAUAGACAUCUAAAUAAGAGUUAGGGAUCUAAAUAAAUCAGAGGCACCCAACGUCAAUUUUGGGAAAAUAUAUGUUCGGAAGACGAUUUCAGAUCUAGAAUUUUCGGAACAUUUUUUGUGGAAUUUCUUGCUUACCUGCCUCUCCUAGGAUUUUCGAACAUCUAAAACAUGGUAUAAUUGCCCAUUUUUUACGGAGUUUUACCCUAAAAAGGUCACCUAGGAUUUUCGGGAGCCUUUUUUCAGUCUGAAAUUUUCGAAAAGGUAGGUUAGGAUCCCUAUAAUUUUCGGAUCACCAGACUUUCAGCUAGGAAAUCCGAAGAGACGAAAAAUUUUUGGGGGAUAAAAAUAUGCCUAUCUACCGUUUAAAUACUAAAAUACGUUUAACAAUGCUAUGUUUAAGUGGUUUUGAACUAUAUUAUCGUUGGGUGCUCCUGAUAAAUGCCUCGAUGUUGUGUUCUGUUUUAAAACUUGAGCUAGAUUUCUCUGAAGUCACGGCAUUUUUUGUAAAUUUCUUUAUGCGCAGCCCUAAGCGAUACCUGAAUGGGCAAAUAUAGUGACUUUCCGUCCCAAAGACCCUAACUGAGACCAAAAUCAGCAAUUUACACCUCUAAGCGAGACGACCAGCAUCCCCGUCACUUUAAUAUGUGAGUCCCCCGGGCCUUUUUCAAGCGUCGAGUAUGAUUUGAAUAUUUCAAGAAGACAGGAGAGGUUUCAGCGUGUCAGUAGGGUCAAUCGUGAAAGGACAUUUGUUUGUGCGAGUGUUGACGGAGCUCAAAAACAAACUGAAAGACUGAAGCGUUGAAAAAUCGUUCCUGUUAGUGUGACCAAUUUUACAGAUCGAUUUUCUUUUUCAUCUUCCACGGUGCGCUAUUAUAAAACUACUGUAAACUACGAUAAAAUAAAAUAUUAUUUGGCUCUUUCGGGGUAAAAAUUAGGACGUAAAGGCAAUUAAGGGAACAAACCUUUAACCCCUCUUUGUUGUUUUAAUCGAAAACAAAACAAAAGUCAAAUAGCUCAGUUUUACGCAGUGAUGAACAAACUAAUUACCCUGAGGCUUGUGAUGUAUUGAUUGCAAAUAAUCAUUAGCACUGAGCUUUUAUCUCCAAAAACUGCCGAACAUUAACACUUUAGGGGCCGACCAUUUAACUCUUGAGGGUGGGGGUGGGUGAUUUCUGGUCAUCAAGAAUUGUUUUUUCUAGGAUCCUGGAUAUUUUUUCCUUUUUUUUCCCUUGCCUUUUUAUUACAUUUGUGCUGCAUCAAUUUUUUUUCUUCCGACAAGCGCUUGGACUUCGCGGAAAAUUUCGGCGACAGCAAGCUCACUUCUGGACUUCGCGGAAAAUUUCGGCGACAAAGCCGCUAAAGCGUGAGGAGAAGUGCGCUGGUGGCUCUGCCGCCUAAUUUCUCCCCAAACUGGCGUAAAAGUGAGCUUGGUCACAGAUCCGUCAUAACUCAUGUGAACAUGUGAGCGUGACCUGUCAUAAUGAAGUGUCCACUACGGGCUCUACGGGCUAGCUGGCAACGUUAUCUCAUAAAAGGAUCUCACCAGCGCGGAUCAGCUAGGCGGUCCUUUUCCCCUUUCAAACUUUUGUUCUCUUUUUACCUAUCCGCCAACUUGCCAGCUCGCAAAAAAAGAAAUGCGCAUGCCUGAUCGCAGGUUAAAAGGAUCUUAUCCCGAGAUGGCAGAAGCCUUAUUCAAGUACAUGCCAUCAUAGGACUCAAUUUUCUGGGCCACUUUCACAGGACCACGGUGUCACCUAACUUCCUUUAAACUGCAGUUGAGUCCAGUAGGAUUAGAGUUAGCGGCCUCAGUCGGUAAAGCGCUUGACUGCUGCAGAGCGGUACAUAAUAUAUAUGUCGUGGGUUCGCGGAUCCCCGGGGCCGAAUCAAUACUCCAAGACCUAAAAUAACUGAGAAAUGAAGAGACUGCUUUUGCCCUGCGAACGGCUUGUGUGGCUCGGAUGACCAGGUAAAAUGGAGGUCCCGUCUCUAGUAGAGAACGUGAAAAUAGUGUCUUCAAUUAGUAACUUUCGUCCCAAAAACAUUGACACUCAAAUAAAGCACGUUUUUUCUCUUUAUUGCCUACAUCCUCGAAAUUAUUCCAUUUAAACGGAUUUGGCUGGUGUCCGUAUGAUUCUGGUGUCGACAAGGCAAGAGUUGGCCUGUAUAGUCAGUACACAGGGAUAUAAUAACAGAUUCCAAGGGGUAUAAUUUGCAUUGCAUGUUACUAUAGUUGUGGACCCAUAAUUAACAAUUUUGGACAGCAUGAUAUAAUGGCUUAUAUUCGAAUCAUAUACCAUGAUGGCUAAACCUUUCGAAAACUCGACUGAGUGAGCUUAUUCAGAGGGGAUCAAGUGAUCAUAAUUAUGGAAUGGGACGCUCUGUUUAUUACGCCUUUUGAUGCUGAUAGAAGCUAAAGUUUCGAGUCAAGUCAAAUCGCUUAUUUUCUUCAAACACAAAAAUAUACUAUACCAUUAAUUUAAAUGUUAUUUCUUAAUUAUUGGAGGUUACAGGUCAGAAUGAUUAUUAAUCGAGUAAGACCAUAAAAGAAGUUUCAAAAAUCAUCAGGGGCACCCAACGUCAAUUUUUGGAAAAUAUCUGUUCGGAAGACGAUUUGAGAACUAGAAUUUUCGGAGCAUUUGUUGUAAUUUUUCUUGCUUGCCUACCUCUCCUAGGAUUUUUGAACAUCUAAAAAAUGGUAUAAUUGCCCAUUUUUUAACGGAUUUUUACCCUAAAAAGGUCGUAGAAUUGUCGGAAGCCUUUUUUCUGGCUGAAAUUUUCGAAAAGGUAAAAUUUGAUUCCUAUAAUUUUCGGAUCACUAGACUUUCAGCUAGGAAAUCCGAGCAGAUAAAAAGUUUUUAGGGGAAAAAAAUAUGCCUAUAUCUACCGUUUAAAUACUAAAAUAUGAUCAACAAUGCCCGCAUGUUUAAGCGAUUUUGAACUAUGUUCUCGUUGGGUGCCCCUGAAUCAUUACUGUAUUUCAUUGUAGCUCACCAAUACAGAACUUGAUUUUACUUUACGGACGGAUUAAUAUAAAUUUACGACGGAAAUAAUGAAACAAUUGAAGGCGCAAGUUGAUCAGUGUAGUGAUUAUAAAUGAUUAUAUUAGAGUCACUUUGCAAAUUAUGAAAAGAGCAUCCGUGUGACCGUGUCUCCAUCAGGUGCCUCUCUCAGUUAGGGCGUGUUCGAUUGACUGUAUUCCGGAAUACGAUUAAAUGGAAUAAACUCUAGAAAUCAAUUUUUUUUUUGGCGUUCAUUCUAUUGCAAUACCUAGAACUCUACUAGAAUUAAAGUAAUCCGAUUUAUGUAGCGUAGUCCAAAAACCACGGUAAAAGAGGUUUGUAUCAAAACUUUUGCGUAUUCUCAUUGUGGAAUACGAUCAAUCGAAAAGACUGAAGCGAUGACUUACGAUGACGGUUUUGAUUCAAAGACUUACUACGAGGGCCUGCAAAUCAGCAAUUAAUAGUAACGCUGAGUAUAAUCUGAAGAAUUACGAGGAUUAUACUAAAGCCGAAUCCAGAAACUUUAUUAUUUUUUUUUCAUAGCCAUUCAUGCUUUACACUGCAAAACAGUCGGUUUUUUUGCUCAAAAUCGGUUUAGCGUAACACGCGCGAAGCGCGCGAGCAUCACACCCCAAUCUCAACCUCGCUCCAGACCUUUUGAUUGACUGCUCGCGCGUACUCGAAUACAGAAAAAACAACCGGACUGUUUUUUAUUCAUACUUAAAAAACAAGGCAAAAAAUAUUUACCUCGAUCGAUGGUUAAGUUUUCUCAAGUUGCCUAUGUGCAUGGAUAUAAAGGGAUGGUUUCGUUCCUUUUUCUGCAGAUGUCCUGCACUAUUGACAUUAUUUUACUGCAUAUCGGAAACGUCUCCCAAUUUUGUCAGCGCUAGCUGGUUAUGAAGAAAUAGCCUGGGGGUUCGAGCCAAUCAGAAAUGAUUUUUUUAAAAAUCGUUCAACAAAUAUUGAUUCAUAAAUCAUGGCUGGGGAGGUGGGGGAAAAAUCGGUUUUCACGUGCUUGUAUAACCCCCAUCGUGAAAUCAUGAUAAAAUGAAAUACUUUUUAUAGUAUUUCACUUCGUCGUUCUCUCCACAUGUCCGCAAGCUCUCUGAAAGUUUUUAUGUUUUCAAUGUAAUACCCUUCGUAAAUAUGUCAUCCACCUUAUAUUGUGUCUAUUCGUAGACGAUUUUGACAGUCAAUAUGAUAAAAACGUUGACGCACAAGUGAAAUAUAUUUCGAAAUAGUGCAAUCAGGAAGGAGAAAGUGUAUAUUUUUGAAUGCAAAACAAGAUUUCCUGUUGUCAAAAUGAUCAGCUUUUCAUUCGGUGAGAUAAAACCUUCUCCAAGAUAUACAAAGAUAUACAAAGGGCCUUGCCUGCCCCUAGCUUCUUAUCGAUCCAUAGAUAACAAUUUUUUAAGCGUCACAGCCUUGCCUUCAUAUCCAGGAAAUAUCAAGCUAGUUACGUACAUUUCUCAGUGAAAUCAAAGGACCCGGAAUCCGGAAAGGCAGACAAAUUGGACGCAUUCUGAUUGGCUGCAAAUGACUGAGUUAGUUCCCAGUACUCUCCGCGCCAUAUGUGGGAGGGGGGAUUGAAAAUACUCGCACCCUGGCGAUGAAACCUUCCCCUACAUAUCUUUGCGAUUGACCAGCGAAACUCUGAGCAUUUGAGUUACGCAUGUUUUCAGUGGUGGAAUUUUUUGCGGCGUUUUAUAGAAUAAGAACUCUGAGACAACUAGAGGAGAAUUUGGCUGCUAGAUAAGUUUACAAAGCAGUAUGUCGGACGAAGAACGGCCACCGGCCCCUCCUUUACGUGUAACUUCCACGAAAGAUUCUUCGCCUGCAUCGAAACCUUUGCCAAGCGCUCCUGUUGAUGAGAAGAAGAAGAAAGCAUCCACUUUUAAAUUCUUUCAGACCAAAGGCGACGAGAAAUGUAUGUAGCUUGUUGUUAAAAAUGCUAAAUGUGCUCAGAGACGAGAAAGAAUCUAUUUCUGUUAUGGCGUCAAUUCGCUAAUGUGAUAAAAAACAAUUAUGUUCUACUGUAGAUUCGAAGAAAAAGCCUGAAAUCUCUUACCCAACACAGUUCGAACACACAAUCCAUGUGGGCUUUGAUCCCGUUACCUCAGAAUUCACGGUAAGUAAUAAGAUUGGCUCGUUUAAACAUACUUUCACUUUUUAUCGAAGUGCUUGCUUGAGGUUAUGAAACGAAAAUCGAUCUGUCAGCUGUCUUCGAUUCGUGUUUGGAUCGAUUGAUUCGAAGCGGUGUCGCUUAUUUUCAGACAUCACGAACGCACAUAACUUAUAACCAAGCCUUGAAUGAAUCUAGGUUGUUUUAAUUUCUGCUGUAAAUUUCUAUCUGCUCGCAAAAUUACGUGGUAUAUCGGCGGAGCAGAGUGAAACUUUACAGGUACAGCGAUUUUGAAGUGCGAUCUAUUUCUUCCUGGUUGCAACGUUCUUCAAGAUCAAAUUCUUCAACAUUUAUUCUUGAAGGUAUAUUUAAGCUUACGUUUAUACAUGAAUAUAUUUUCCUAGAAAGUCCUCGCCCGUGUGUUGUGCAUUUAAAAUACCCUUACUGAGUUUAUUGUCUGAAUUUCCUUUACGUUCUUACUUGUGUAUGAGCCGGUUCAUAGUAGGUGGUCAUGCUAAACUUCUUAGACUUGAAUAAGUAUUUGAAUUCAUUGAUCAAAUCAUGCAUAGGUUAUAAAUGCAGAUGUUUGCGUCCUCUUCAAAGUUUCCAAACAAAACUCUUGGGCCAUCAAAAGGAUCGCAAGCGUAGUUACAUAGUGGGGUGAAAAUGAAAUGCAUAUUAGAAGAGCUCCGCUGGCUAUAUGGUGUUCUGUGCAGUAAAGUCAAAUUUUCCUAGUUAUUUCAAUAUCGGGGCAUGAAUACUUCAACUGCAUGACGCGGUAGCGAAAUCAGAUCCCUCUUUAUUUUUGCCCUUUUAAAGUUUUUGUAACUCGUUUCAAGUUGGAAAAAGCUUUUAUCUUUUCGAGCCGGUUUUCAUCCAAAAUUCCGAAGUUGUCAUUAGAACAGGUGCAGAAAAUGGAAUUUGAAGCAAUGUUUGUAUUUAACGAGUUUUUCUUCUCAUCCUUAGAGAUGCAACGAUUAAACUCCACGGUAGAUUAAGCUGUGUUGUCUGUUGAGAAUUUAUGCCACUUUUAAUGAUUUUUUCUCUUCCUUUAAAGGCUACAUUUUACAAAUUAUAGAUUGUGAAUUCACUUCAUCGGGCAGGUGGAAAGUUGCUGUCACUUUCAUGAGUCAAAAUUACAGUCUCAUUCGUCCAUUAUUAUCUAAGCUAUAAAUUGAAUUCUAUCCCUUAUGUCACGAAUUAAAGUAAAACACUAUUGUUUUAUUCCUGACAUCUUCUCAAAUGUUUUGAUGCUGUGACACAAUGUGCCUGUUGCUGUUAAAAAUCAUGAAUCAUGAUGCAGUAGAUUAGAGCUUGUAGUCUUGUGAUUCCUAGUAAUAAGCUAGUUUUAAUCAACACAGUGGCACAAACUUAUAUUUAUGUGUGGAAAAACGAGUGGAGUCUCAUUGCUGGUACAAUAGGUCUGUUUUUCAUACUUGGUGCUUGAUAUGGCUCAAUCAUUUUGAUUAAAUCAGCAAAGUUACAUUUAAUGUAACUUUGUUCUUCAUGUGAUUGUUUAAAGAAUGAAUUGUGCUCAUUAUGGCAGGUUUAAGGUUUUGGCAUUUUUGUUCUGUUAUCCAUGAAAUAUCUUUUUUUUCAGAAGGUUUUUUUAGAAUAUUAUAAUUUCGUAAAAUAUUUUGUAUAAUAAAUUAUAAUAACAUGAGGUUUUAUAUCUCAAUAUUUCUCACCUUUUGACAUAGCUUCUAGUUUUCAUGGUGAUGUCUGUUCUUAUACAGAGUUGUCAAACAUUAUUAUUUAUUCAUUGUAUUUUUAUCAUAUUUUAUGCACUUUUGGGACGUAACAUAUGCAGCAUGAGCAAAUUUUUAUGAAAGGGUCACCACAAACCACAAUUUUUUUAUUACUCCAAUAAGUAUUUGUAGUGUAAGGAUGCUAAUAAUUAUUUUUUAAAAAAUGGCAGCCAAUUUUUAUUUAUAACUCUUUAGUCAGCAUGUUAAUUCAUCCCUGCUGGCUGCAUAAUCAUAAAUGAGGCCAAAAAUGGCUAUUAACAUGCAUGAUACCAUGAGCAGGAACAUUUUGAGAUAAUGCCUGCAAGCAAUUGCAUUAUACGGUAUUUGUACAUGUAGCACGGCAUUGUUCCUUGUUCUUUAAUUUAGUCGAAGAAGUAUUAGAAAUUUCCUGUCUUAACAGCUCUGAGUUUUGGUCCCUUCAACCAGUUCAGCAGUUAGCAAUUUCUUUCUCCUUUUCUUGAUCUUCCCUAUAUUGAUCUCAGUUUCUCAGUUUCACUUGUCCAUAAACAUUUUUUGUUUUAAUGUCCAGUAUUUCACCUUUUCUUGGUCUUCACCAACCUUGUUUUUGUUCAGGUUAUCACAGCGUAGUUUUAUAAGUGCACACUGUACUAUAAAAUGUAUAGCAGAUGGUUUUUAGAGGCUGUCACUCAUGAGCUAAGCGUGGCUUGUAAAUAGACAGCUGCCAUUACACACAGUCAUGUACAUGAGCAUCUUUUUGGAUGUUUGACAGGUAAAACAGUAUGCCCUGUGGGACAGAAUAUCCCUGUUAAGUACGUGUUUUUAAAAAAGGCCAUGUCAUGUGAUCCUUGUCAUUAAUUGGUCAUCGUGGCAUUCCCAACAGCAAAAACCUGCUAUUCAUGGCCAUUAUUACUUGUACUGACAAAUAAGUGUAGUGUCUCUCAAUCAGAGGCUGGCUGAUGUUUAUUUUUAACACUUACCCUGCUAUAUAUUGUACUUUGUUGACUAAUGACAUCACUGUUGACAGGGGAUGCCUGAAGCAUGGGCACGACUUCUUCAUACGUCAAAUAUCACCCAAGCUGAACAGAAGAAAAACCCUCAGGUAAGAUCAGGCCUUUCAAUUCAUUUCCUUACCAAGUGAACGUUCGUAAAAAGUUUUCACAAUUCCGUCAGCUGUAUAUAUCCAGGUGAAAGAAUAAACAGUUCACUGAACAGAUCCACUUAGUGUAAAGCAGUGUGGAGAAGCCCUCUGAUAAAUAUCAUGGUAAGGAUAAUACUAUGGAAGUGGCCUUCAGUGGAAAUGUAAAUCUCGUUACAUGGUUUAGUCUUUACCCUUGAUCUUGAUUCAAGUUAUGUAUAUUCAUCUCAAGUUGUUAAGUAAAGGUUUGCAGUAGGAUAUUAGAAUUAUUUUAAGAGUGGACUGAAGGAUUGGGAAAAGCUGAAUUUUGAAUGGGAGAACUCAACUGCUUCCUGAGAAUAAAGGCAAUACAUUGCAGUGUUUCAUGCCUUGGGCUCUACUUUCUAACACCUUGAUUGAAAUUUAAAAAGAAAACUAGCAUCUUUUGCCUUGUCCACUACUGUGCACAAGGAUGAGACAGUACCAUUCAAAAGUAAGUUGACAGUCUGUUGCGAGUCUCAAUUCUAGACUCAAUUCUUGAUUCUUGAUUCCUGUGUGAAUUGAGAACAAAUUAUUGAGAAACGAGUCAAGGAUUGAGUCUCGUGAAGGCCGUUCCGGUUUGCUGAGUCGGAACGGAACGGAAUAUCAAGAAUCGAGAUGCAACAAUCGAGGAAUCGAGUCUCGAUUCUUGACUCGAUUCUUGAUUCUCGUGAGGAUUGAGAAUCAAGUGUGUCGCCUUACUUUUGAAGGGUACUGUAAUAAUUUUUGACUUUUACAGUUUAAAUCAAACCUUUGCUUUAACAACAUUUAAGCAUUUUGAUCUGUUGAAGUGCAAGUUUAUACCGAAUGAAGGAAGAUCGUGUCAUUGGGAAUGGUAUCCUAAAAAUGUUUAAUUGACUUCUGAUAAACCUGUGGAAUGUCCUUUCCAUUACACUGUUACUGGUGCAGUUCUUUGAAUUUUUUUCUGUACUGAUAUGCUUUAAAUUCCUUUUCUUCAGGCUGUUCUUGAUGUGUUAAAUUUCUAUGAAGGAAAUAUUAAUAAAGAGGAAACAACCUCUAAGUUUAUGACAGUGUCAAAGCCUUAUGGUAAGUGAAAUUACAGUGUAAUAUGUUUUUAUUUUAUUUAUUAUUUGCAGACCUCACCUUUGUAGAUGUACCAUUCACUUUCAAGAACAACCAAGGGUACAAUAAUAAAAUGGCAAAAUCGUAAUUUGGAUUGUCAAUAUUCAAAUUUAGGUGAACUGGUAAUCAAAAAUCCAUUUUGUUCUGGAUUUCAGAAUCCCAGUCCAGAUUUUCCAAGCUUAGCCCCAAGAAAAUAGCAAAACAAGAUCCAUUGUUCCAUUGUUUCCUUUUCAAACACACUAAAGCCAUUGCUUCAUGCAAACUGCUUUUAUACAAAAUGUAUGCCUGGUACAUGUAUCCAGGGUGAAUCUUUCGUCAGAAAUAUCACAAAUGGAUCAUUUUGGGCUACUUGUUUACGUAAAUGUAUUAUUUCCUGGUCAGUAGCUUAUUAAAAUCUGCUCUGCUUGUGCAUUUGUAAGUUUUUAUUGUGUGUAGUGUAAAAAGUGCAACCUUGUCAAUAUCAAACAAAAUAUUUUUAUGUGGCCAUUUAGGUUUCUUCAAUUUUUUUCAGUCUCUUUUUAAAUAAUUGUAUGUGUUUUUAAACUGUCUGGCUUUGUGCUUGCAUGUACAGCUUUAAAUCUAACCUUCUAAAAGUUUAAUCUAAAAUUAACAUUCUUAUCAUAAAACAUUUAAAACGGUUGAAAUAUUUUUUAUACUAUUAAGCUCUGCAGCAAUAGUGUUUGGUUGAUAUGAAGCAUGUAUUUCAUUAUAGCGACUUCUUUUAAAGGAAAAAUCCUCACUUCAUCAUCUGAUACUGAGCCUAUCUUACGUCACUCCACUCCGUCAGCAUCCAGUAGCCCACAGUAUUCAUCUGCCUCUGAAGAUGCCACUGAACUAAAAAUAACUUGUUCACCAUUUAGUUGUACUUCUCCUAAGAACAAACAAUCUUCUAAAAGCCUGAAAGUAUUAAUUACGGGUAAACGGAAUUCAAAGAAGCGCAGGAAAUCUUUACCUGCUAGUGGUACAACAAGCAAUGAAAGAAGAAAAGCGUAUAAAGAUGAGCGCAAGUCAUCUCCUUCGCCAACACGUGCUCUUCUUACAUCUCAAUCGGACACUUCAAGUUCACUAACUGGGUCAUCACCAGGGUCGUUAACUGAUGAACUUGAGAAAUUGAUUGUGAGCUCAGAACUAUCACCCACUAAUAAAUACUUACAACACAUCUCUUCUGAUUUUCAAGGUAUUUCUGCCAAGUUCUAACUUUACUACUCUGAAUGAUUCUCUUAAAGUUCUAUAAAAUGAUGAAGUUUCUCGUAACAGUGAGUCAUCUUUAUUAAAACCUUUAAAUAUCUAACGUGUUUAGUCAGUUCUAAUCAGUUUUAGUGUUGAAUAUCGAUCAUCAAGAUUGUACUAAACUUUUUCAUAGUUGUGCGUACAGGUUUAUCAAGAAGGCAGAUGUUGUGGGCUACUGGAUUCUUUCUUCAACAACGUUGUUUCCUUGCACCUGGCUACUAAUAAGCACCCACAAUGCAAACCUUUUUUUUGUCUAAAAUGCAUGCUUGUUAUACCUCUUAGUAUUCAAAAUACUUUGAAGAAUUCUUAGUCAGCAUCUGACUUCUUUUUGAAUCUGUAACAUCGUGAACCAAAAAUAAAAUAAAUGGAACAGAAAUAAAACAUAAUUUACAGCACCACUUUCCACCAACUUACAAUGACAAAUGUGUUGUGAUGAAUGUGUAUUGCAUAGUACAUUGUAAUGUUAGGCCCAGUUCAGAUGUCAGAUGUCAUAAAUAAGUGCAACAGUUUUGGUCACCCACACAGUUAACUUAAGGUCGCCGCAUAUAGCUUAUGCAUCGUACAUUUACAUCCUAAAGUUUUUCUGCAUAUUUUUUCUUAUCUCAUUACCCUUCUUUGUAAGAGGAGAGAUCAGUCUUAACACAAACCAGCAUGUUAAUUCCCAGAACUGCUUCUAGCAAUUUGCACACCUCUUUAAUGUAGAUACAGUUUUGCCUGUAAAAAGUUAUAUGGAAAACGUAUGAAGCCAUUUCCCUUUCAAAUGUCCUCUUGGAUUGUUUGAUUUAGCAAGUGAGACCUGGAGUCACUCAAGGCAUUUAAUCAAAUACACAAUAACAGCUAUAUCUAUUGCUCUAAGAAUUGAAUUCAUUAUUCAGGACGGUAGGGGCAGGUGAGGAGGGAGGGGGGGUUAAAGAUAUUGAUGAGGAUGGGGGGGUAAUGAAAACUUACAUACAUGUAAUGGACCAUACUUCUUCAUAGCUAUGAAACACUGAACUCCUUGCAAUGUUUUGCAUGGGUAAAAUACACAUACAGUGUACAUGUAUGUGUUUGGGUUCAGUUUUAUCGUUAUGAUUUAAAAUGUUGUUUCUCUCUCGUUUUAUUUGUACAGUAAGGUAUGCAAUGAGUUUGAAACAAAAAAUUAAACCAAAGAUGAAAUUGAACCACAGCUCAUGUGUUCAUGAAGUCAUCAAAAUUUUGUCCCAUAACAGGAAAUUUAAACAACGUGUAUAAUAUUAUUCAUGCUUAUUAAUUUAUGUCAUUUUCUUCUUGUCGUCAUCUUUUGUGAAGUCUAAGUGGCCUGCAAAAGUAUGCUUGGUGAUACAUUUGUAGUGUGGUAGAAGUACAGCUGUAAAGUUUGUUUUGUUUAUCAUGCAGGUCAAACACAGCCAUCGCGUCCUGGAGUUGGAGAUCACACAUAUGCACCACCUCUUCCGCCACACGCCACGCCUACACAUGUAAGACAGUAAAUGAAGUUAACAGGGGGUAGUUUAUCAGACCAAUUAUGAAUACAAACGUGUUACAGUUAACAUGAAUAUAAACAGUUGAAAUGUUACAAGUCAAAAUCAUAUUCAGGUUAAAUGUUUUUAUCCUAGGUUGAUUCUCUAUUUCAUUUGUCUCCUAGCCCUGAUUAUUCAUGAAUUGAGGUUAGGAAACAAAGGAAAUUGAGAAUCAACCUUGGUUAAAAAAUUUAACCAAGGGUACCUAACCUUAGGGCACUUACUCGUACUUGAACAAUUCCAUAACCAUUCCAAUCCCCUCCUUCUGAUUAGCACUGGUUAGUUAGAGUAGGUGUGUGCAUGUUAGAAAAUUUGGUGGUGCAGAGCCAUCUUAAAUCUUCAUAUCCUCAUUUUGAGGAUUUACUGUAGAGAUUUUUUUUGUAGUUUAAUGAAUUUUUAUUCUGUUAUUUAUUACAUUUUUUUUGCACACUGACUUAUGAAGACGUAGGAAAAAUACAAAGAAAAGAGAAGAAAACUAAACAUAUCUACAUCGCAGACUCGCACACAAUUACAUACUGGUGAAAAAGAAAGAAAGAAACACGCCCCAGUACCUUCUUCUCUAUUUACAUGAAAAUUUACUGUAGAGAUGCUGAGUACAGCAUUACAUUCUUUCUUAUUCAUGAGAUCCAUACAGAAGAGGAAAAAAUGGUAGCGAAAGUGUUCCAGACAUGCUGCCAAUGAUAUUGUUUGUAGAAGGUGGUCAUACAGUCAUGGUGUUCGUUAGGCAUCCAAGAUCGGAGAAUUCCCCAUUCUCUACACAGAAUUCUCCGGCUAAUGUGUGAUAGCCUGCGACUAUUUUUUAUUUAGAUAUGGAGCCUCUUUCACAAUAUACUCCUGUAAUGUUACACCUUUCUUCUGGUACUAGAAUUCUUAAUGAAAACCCUGACAGUAUUUUUUGGUUUUCAUGUAAUAUGUUUGACAGACUUUGGCAGCAGAAAAUCACAGUGAACAAGUGAAUGAAUCUGAAGCGGAUGUACCACCAGCCAUUCCUUCAAGGCCUGAACACACUAAAUCCAAGGUAUUUUCUGCAAUAACUGCUUCACUGGUGGUUUUAUUUUUGUUGGUAAUUCUUCUUAAUUCAGCCUAAACCUUGGGAUCAAGUUGAAAUGUUACAAAAAUUUAAUAAUAAUGCACAUGGUGGGCUGCUACUAAUGGGUAGCCUGUGUAGCUGGUGGGAUUAGUUGGCAAGUGGGCAGCAUUCAAAGCUCAGAAGAAAUUUGGCAGCCAAGAUUUUCCCCUCGAGGCUUUGCCGCUAGCUUAGUGUGGCAGCUCUGCUGGCAAGAAAGUACCUUUCUGGGUAUAUCAAUCCUGCCACCUACACAGGCUACAAUACCUACCAGGUACAUGACACUAUCACUGCAUGUACUUUGUAAAGUGAGCUCCAAUCAUUACAUGACAAUGUCAAACUCAAGUAGCCCAAUAGGAUAGUAAAUAUUUUCACAGUAAAUGAAUUGGUUUCUCAAAGGUUUCAUUCAGAGAACAUGAAGUUAAGGGUUACUUGUGUAAGGAUUUUCUUGUUAUCAUUUCAGUACAUACCAAAUGAAGUUUCUAUAAAGCCCUCAGCCAAGGAAGAUGAUAAAGGUAAUCCAUGUUUUGUUAUAGAUAAACUUGUAAAGGAUAUGUUAUUUGGUGUGUUUAAUGCUGGACACAGGUUUACAAGGUUUUUUUAAGUUGCUGUAAGCACUUAUUUUGCUGAAAAUUUGUGUUUAAAACAGUAUCUCAAUUCUUUUUUGUCUUUCAGUGACUUCACAUGAUCAGCAACAAAAGCCACAAACAAGAGAUAGGAAGAAGAAAAAGAUGUCAGAUGAAGAGAUUCAUAGCAGAUUACGUAUGUCAAUUAUCUGUUCUCUGUCAGUUUCGUUUAGAGACUGAAAGUAUCAGAUGUCCUUACAACAGCUGAUAUUUAAUGACUGUGUGUAUCUUUAUUUCAGGUACCAUAGUUAGUGUUGGAGAUCCUAAAAGGAAAUACACAAAAUUCGAAAAGAUUGGUCAGGGGUAAGAAUUAAUUAUUGAACGAAAUCAUUUUCUUUUAUCAAGGUUUGCACACGUCUCGAAAACCCUUGAAAACCAUCGAAAACACUUGAAUUUUAGAGUCCUUUUUCAGUUGAAUAUGAUUUGUUGCAACAAAUGCAUUACAUUAGUCAUCCAUAAACCAGAAAAAAUUAAAGUUCAUUUGUUACUUGCACUUUGCAGGGCAUCUGGUACAGUUUAUACAGCUAUUGAAAUAGCAACUGGACAUGAGGUAAUUAUAAAUACUGUAAAUUAGUGCAUUUCUAUUUCAAGUUCAUUUGCUUUGUUACAGUUAAUUAUUUUUAGUAGCAUUACAGCUGUUUCGGAUAACACACGAUCUGCAUUGUCAAAAACAUUUCAGUAUUUUGUGUUUUUCUUUAACGUCAAUCAAACCGUUACCACAGCAUCCAAUUCUUGCUUGUCAAAUGAGGGUGGCAAUAAUGAGAAGAAGCUGCAAAAUUAAAUGUUGGCGGGAACGUACCAAUUUGUUUUCACCCUUCCAUGUCUGUGUUUUGUGUGGAUUUGGAAGCUCUAUAGGAGCAAUUUCACCUUGGGUGUCUUAACUUGCCAUGUUUCAGUAAGAAGGUAAAAAAACUUUAGAGCUUAAACAUGAAAAGUUUACAUUACACAACAGAACAUCAAAGCACAAAUCCUUCCGGAUUGAUGAGGCACAGAGCAGGAAAACUUAAUGCGCUUUUCAAGAACACGCGAACUCUGAUGUUCAAAAGCAACGAACCCACAAAACAGAUCGAAAUCCACCAAUCACAAAUCACAAACCAUCAGCUUUCAAACCUGUCUAAGUAAACUUUUGUUUCUUAAGAGGUUCGAUAGAAAUCGUUGAGCCUUCAGAUUUUGAUUGACGUCACAGAAACACCCAAAAUCCUUAGACAUUUUUGACAUAGGUCGUGUUAUCCGAAACAGCUGUAACAAUGGUUAAGACUAUUAUUUAUACCAGAAGUUUAUCUGUACUGUAGGUUGAAAGCAUUAUCUAGUCAACUCUGUGAAAAAAAAACUUUUAUAAUGGACACCCAGGGUCAGUCCCUGCCAUUCCUCAGAUUUUUUGUACUCUCUAUAAGGUAUACAUGCAGACAUCUCUAAGAUAUGGAUGCUUUGUUUAAGCCCCAGUAGUAUUCAGAGAGAGUUGAUUAAUAACAAGGCUGAAUACUUGUACCAAUGCUGAAUACAGUCAUGUACCAAUGCAUUUUUGUUGCUUUUCUUUCAUAACAAUAUUGUGUAUUUUUGCGUGUCACUUGUAAAGCACAACAUUAUUUAAGCAAAGCCAAAAAAAACACUUUCAUGAACACAAAAUACAAACAAGUAACAUCUAGCUAGAUAAUGUUGCAACUUUUUGGUAACCUCAUGAUGCCAUUAUCAAGGAAUUGGAAAUAAAUAAAUGCAAUUUUAGAAAAAGCACUCAAAAUUUCUAAUGAGUUUACAAUGUAUGAAAUUGCCAUAUUUUCUUUGUUUUACUUUACUAUCCAGGUGGCAAUCAAACAGAUGAACUUGUCACAGCAACCAAAGAAGGUAGUGUGCAGAUUUGAACUGACUUAUACUCUAGACAUUCAUGCAUAGUGUAAAACAUGACUGGUGGUGCAAAAUAAAUUCCAGAACUAAGAUCUACAGUUGUAUCGAUAAAUUUUUUAGCGCAGUGGGUUCAUCCUGAUACCUCAGUAGCUUUGUUGUCAUUUUUAAAUUUAUUUCAUGUAGUUAUUAAUUAGUUUAUUUGCUCACACACUAACUCAAUAGGUAGACUUAAUAACUAGGUACAAAUUACUUUGUGCAGCAUCAGACAUUUAAAAUUAUAAUAAUAAUAAUCCGUGGAUUUAAAAGUAACACCCAUCACUGCAUAAAAGUAAUGUCUCUUGGAGUGAAGUGGAAUGGAAUUUAUUAAUAGUUCAAAGUAUACUUUUAACAUCAACUAGCAAACAUUAACACCUGCUGCUCUGUUUAUUGUAGGAAUUAAUUAUCAAUGAAAUUUUGGUGAUGAGGGAGAAUAAACAUCCAAAUAUUGUCAACUAUGUGGAUAGUUACCUUGUGGGAGAAGAGCUUUGGGUAAGUCAACACUUAUUGAAGUUAUAAAUAUAUAAAACUAAUCAGAAAUGGGAACUGCAGGAUGAAGAAUUAUAUGAAAGAAGAUAAUAAUAAUAAUAAUAAUAAUAACAAUAAUAAUAAUAACAGAUGGAGAUAAUAAUUACAACAGAUGGAAAGGUGGUAACUGCAGCAAGAGCUGGGAAUCUGUUGAAGCAAUCUCAAGAGAAGCAGUUCUUGGAGAGCGCUAAAGACAAAAAGUGGCAAGGAAAGUUAUUCCGUAUCAGAUGGGAAGAUGAGAGCCUAAGCAUAGCCAGCUGCUUUGCAUGGUUAAAAGGUUGGGCUACAUGCUCUACACAUACCAUCGCGGGCAUGUAUGAACUGUAUGAGCAGUUGUUACCUACGAAGCUCUACACAAAGGAGAAGACGCAAACCUCCACCCGGCGGCGAAGUUCUAUGCAGGUUAUGUGGGAAGGUAGCUGAGAGCGUUGCACAUGUACUGGCUGGAUGUUCCUCCCUGGCACAAACCAUGUACCUAUACAGGCAUAAUGCAGCUUUGAAGAUUCUGUUUUUUGAGCUCCUGCGAGAGCAUGGGUUAAUGGAAGAGGUUCCACCAUGGUACUCACCGGUGAUGCCAAAACCAGCCUACCAGAACACCACGAGUGAGGCGUUUUGGGAUAUCCCCAUCUAUGCAGAUCACAACGAAGUUAGAGCAAAUCGGAUCGACGCGCGACUUGUCAACCACGAAGAAGAAGUCUGCACAAUUGAAAUAAGCUGCCCGUGGACUGAGAGUAGAGCCAAGAAAGAUGAGGAAAAGACACUCAAGUGUGGGCCCAUGAUGUGGGAGCUGAGGAAGAGAUAUAAUGGUUACAGGGUUGAACAGUACAACGUAAUAAUUGACGUACUGGGGGGUUACUCUAAACACCUAGAGAAGUCGGUGAGGAAGCUACUUGGAGCGAGAGCACGGAGCGUACUUGAGCGAAUGCAGAAGUCGGUCAUCUCAAACACUUUAAACAUUGCCAGAACAUGUAAGAUAAAUACUUAGUUAGGGCGCUAUUGACUUCAGUUUUUAGGUUUUGUUUUUUCUCUAGAAAUCUAGAAACACAAGCUUGCUGACGUUUUUAUUUAGAUUUUUUAGAACAUUAGAGUGUGAUAUUAUUAUAAAUAUGUUUUUAGUAGAGAUAGCGAAGGUUUUACAGAGUAUCAGAAUUUAAUAAUAUUCUAAAUUGGCCUUUUAAGUAGAGAGAUUCAUAUCACUAUGUAUUUUAGGAUUGUAUUAGGUUUCGUAUCGACCUUUUUUUACUUCUAAGUAUAGCUUCUCAAGUGGUGUAGGUUACGCUAUGCGCCCUAUACUACUCAUAAUGUGGACAGCAUUCCAAAGUUUCAUACUGCGACAUAAUAAUAAUAAUAAUAAUAAUGAUAAUAGUAAUAACAAUAAUAAUGCCUUUAUUUAAUGAGGGUAACACUAAAUAGCCCAAGGUUAGUAAACUUGUGGCCCUCAAAACACAAUCUUACCAAUAUAUAAUAUCUAUACUAAUAAAAACACCAAAAAAAAAACUAUUUACAAUGUCUAGGUUUUAAAAGAUUAUAGAAUAGAUGUUAAAAAAAGACACUACUAUGUACCAUUAAAAAUGCAGUUGUCAUUGCAGUUGUAGAUGGAACUUUUGCAGUUGUGAAAAGAAAGCAAUUCAGGCUUGUACAGGAUUCGAACCCUUGACCUCUGUGAUACCAGUGUAGAGCUCUACCAAUUGAGCUAACAAGCCAACUGGGAGCAAGGUUCGAAUCCUGUACAAGCCUGAAUGUUUUUUCAACCUUUCUUUUUGCAACUGCAAAAGUUGCGUCUAUAACUGCGUUGAUCUUCUUCCAUAUGAUUGAACACUUAUUACUUCAUCAUGUCACUGCAGAAUUUACAAAGUUACAGUUGCAUUCUUAUAGGUGUUACUUUUAUUGUUCUUCCUCAAAGUGUUUGGUUUAUUCUCCUCACUAGGUUGUCAUGGAGUAUUUAGCUGGGGGCUCAUUAACUGAUGUUGUCACAGAGACAUGUAUGGAUGAAGGACAGAUCGCAUCCGUCUCUAGAGAGGUACUUGCACAAGACACAAGAUGUUAAAUAAUGUGCUUUUUCUUAGUUAAUGAUUACCCCUAGGAUACAGUCACAAGUGGGUAGAAUGUGACCAGCCAGGUCAGUGGAGUUUGAAUUGGACUGUUUAUGACAGUGACUGAUGUUUCAAUAGUCUGUGUUGAAGUCAAUGGAUGUUUCCUCCUCCCCACCCAACCCGUCCCCUCUCCCUCUCUUACCCUGUCGUAUUGGUUCUCCGUCACCUUGUGGAGCAGUGUCAAUAUCAGCAUGACUAAUUUAUAACAUUCUGCAUUGUGAUAUAGUGCCUUCAAGCCCUAGAGUUUCUGCACAGCAAUGGAGUAAUUCACAGAGAUAUAAAGAGUGACAACAUUCUGUUAGGAAUGGAUGGUCAAGUCAAACUUAGUAAGAAUCUUUAAGCUCUAUUUUGCUGUUUUUUCAAAUUGCCUGUUGCCUGUGUAAGUGUGCAUACAGUACUGUACCAAUUUUGUGGUUCAAUUUUAUCCUUAGCGUAAAUUUUGCUUUCCUUUUUUUCCUAUUACCAUACAAAGGAAAAAAAAGUUGCUUCAAGGGUACAUGAGGAUAGAGUGUGGUUGUAGUUAGGCCUUAGUGUCAAUAAGUCAGCUUUGCAGUUUUACUUUUUUAAUGAUUAGAAGUAUUGAUGGAAGGAUAUUGUUUAAUUUCUGUUGUUUAGCUGAUUUUGGUUUCUGCGCACAAAUAACACCAGAGCAGUCAAAACGUUCCACUAUGGUAGGAACACCUUAUUGGAUGGCACCUGAAGUGGUGACCAGGAAACAGUAUGGUCCUAAAGUGAGUUUUUAUUUGUCAGUUUAUAUCCAACAUUAAUGUACCCAAACAUUGAUUUGAGCUAAUAAUUGCAGGUGACCAGAGUGUCCACCAGCCCUAAUCCCCUAAUCUAUAGGUUGGUAUUAUGGCAGCAUGCCCAGCACUUUUAUGUGGCCAUCAUUGGUUUGAAUUUAAGGAAUACAUAGAACACAAUCUGAUCAUGCACAUUUGGACUCUUUAUCACUCUAAACUGAUCGUAUGCGUUUUGAUCUUCUAUCUGGUUGUGUAACUUAUGCCAAGCACAGCAUUCUAGAAAGAGCAUUUUGACCUUUGAUCCAGCACCCACACUCCCUAAUUUUUGGUUAUUACUGGUAUUGUCAAAGGGUAGAUAAUGGAUCUGUGGUAGAUCUUGCCACCCUCUGUAGACAUGUCACUCCAAUACAUGCAGACUGAUCACUGUUGUGUUUCUCUGUUGUAGGUGGACAUAUGGAGCUUAGGAAUUAUGGCAAUUGAGAUGGUAGAAGGUGAACCACCUUAUCUGAAUGAGAAUCCUCUUAGAGUAAGUACAGUAUCAGUCAUCUGAAUGAUUUGAAUCAUUGUUGAUGAGAGAAGUACUGUUUGUAUUGGUUGUAUAAUUAUUGUACAGAUCCAGCAUUUGAUUUCCAUGUCGUUGAUGUUCAUAAUAGUGAGCAUGUCUGUGCCUGAACUGUGUUAUAGAACUUUGAAUCCUCUCAAGGCUCUCUUAAGGUAACCAUAAUGCUGGAGCUUACCACAGCCAAAAGUCUUGUUACGAAGUGACAUUGUUGUUAUUGUUUUGUUGCUCUACAGGCUUUGUACUUGAUAGCUACAAAUGGCACACCAGAACUCGCUCACCCAGAAAAACUAUCUCCAGUAUUUAAGGAUUUCUUGUCACAGUCUUUGGAAAUGGAUGUAGAUAAACGGUUAGGUGCCAGGGAACUGCUUCAGGUAAGCACACAUAACUAUUCCUUUGGCUUGCCCGUCAGUAAGAACCAAUGUUAUGUGGUUAAAUUUAUGUUACUGUAUGAGAAAUGUAACAAUUAUUGCUGCAAAAUUCUGGAUUUUUUUGCAGCUUAAUUAAUUGCAGAUGAUUUGAUGCACAGAUCCGAGAAGUGUCUUAUAUUUUGCUCAUCUUGUCCAAGUUAUCCCUAUUUUUUGCUGUUUCACUCAAAAAUUAUCAAACUAUGAUUAUUAUUUUAAUUCUUGUUGUUUUUUAUUUCUUACAGCAUCCAUUUUUAAAGCAGGCAAAACCACUUGCAAGUCUGGUGCCACUCAUUCUCGCUGCUAAGGAAGCCAGCUCCAGAAAUUCUUAG